UUGUACUUUCUGCUUAUCUCUCCCUCCGCAAUAUGCGUCUGCUAACUCACAAUCUGCUUGCUUCGAACGUGAAGGGCACGACUGCUGGCUUUCCUCUGAAGCUAGAGGUACUUGUCAAAGAGGAGCGCAGUACGGAGUUCGACGCAGCUUUUCUUCUUCAUACUUUGCCUAAACUAAAUUGGUCUGCGUUCCGAGCGGCUGCGGAGAGUCUUGGAGUUGACAAACUGCCAUCUACUUAUCCGGAACGUGAUGAACUUACGAACGAGUUCCUCCGAGUGUUUCAUCAUGCUUUACUCGAAAUAGAGGUGCAAGAAGGGUACCUUAUUUGUCCUGAAACAGGAAGACGCUUCCCUGUAAGAAAGGGUAUUCCGAACAUGAUGCUGAAUGAAGAUGAAGUCGAUUGAAGAUUAAAUUCCUCAUCUUGAACUUGAAAUCGAUGCGAAUUGUUCACACUUUUCUUCGCGGAGUUUCUACACGAAUUAUCUUGAAAAUGUGAGACCACUUGACUCGUCAAUUUUUACAAUCAAGUGUCAUUUCGUGCUAGUGCGCGCCUGGCGCACUUGUUUUUCACGCGGGGUUGGUUAAUUGGUAGAGCGAGGAGUGCGCAUUUCCUGCGGCUGUGGUAGGUAGGUGAAAUCCCCCGCUUGGUAGAGCAUAGGCUCUCUGCUGCCUGAAGUAACAAUGUAGUGGGUCCGCUCUAUUUCAGAUAUGGAAGUGGACGUAUCUAUCAUAUAGGAUUUUUCGAGUGCAUUUUUCCAUUCUGGAGCCACCUAACCUGCUGGCUUCUAGAUGUUUUUUUUGGAAAUAAAAAAAACUCUGUGCAG